CACAAGAAGCCAGUGCAUGCCUGCUGCGUUUCUAUGGAUGGAACCAUGCUCCUUUCAUGCUCCGGAGACAAGACCCUCAAGCUUUGGAGUUUGAAUGACUUCACUUUUCUUCGUCAAUUUGAUGGUGGUCACGCAAGUCCAGUAUACAGCUGCAGCUUUAGCUGGGAUGGAAAGUUUGCGAUAUCCGGGUCGCUGGACGACGAAUCGUCUGCAGAACAAUCAAUGACGUCUCGUCGGAUCGCUCUAACGGGACACCGCAAUGCUGUCAACUCUAUCGCAGUGACUUCCGACGGUCAGAGCAUCAUCUCAGGGUCAUCGGACAACUCGGUCAAGGUCUGGAGCACGAAGACCAUGAAGGAUGUCAAGACUUUCUCCGGCCAUAAGGACGCCGUGAUGUCAGUCGACGUAAACCUCGACGGGACUCUGAUCAUCUCAUCGAGUCAAGACUACUCUGUCCGGAUCUGGAGCUUCGAGAGCGGAAAGGUGAUGAGGGUGCUCACUGGACAUGUCGAUGCCGUGCGCUGCUGCAAAUUCUCGUUGGACGGCACGAUGAUCCUGUCUGGG